AUUGGUCGUUGGCGGCAAAAAUAAAUAGUGCGAGGUCUGUUGAAUAAUCUGCUACAAGUUUAGUGCCAUUUUUUGGCCAAAAAGAAACUAAAGAAUGGACGAUCCACCAUUUAAAUUGGAAACAGUGAACAAGCUAUUGCAGCAGUUUUUUCGCGACAAACAGAAGACAAAAUGUAAUGGAGAUGCCCUAAAGCUAAUGGCAGAAUUGUUAAGGAUCUUUGUUGCAGAGGGAGCAGCCAGGGCUGGAAAACAAGCAAAGGUUGAAUCCUCACCAACAGUUGAAACAGAACAUUUGGAAAAGAUUCUGCCCCAGCUGCUUCUCGACUUCUAAUUUUCAACGACAACUGCUUCCUCAAAGUGAAACACAGAACAUGGCUGUUUGCACCAUAUUUACAAUAUGUCUAUAUUUAAAAAGCCUAGGAGUGACUGAAUUAAUAAUGGUGACAUUUUCUUAAAGGACUCAAACACUAUAAUUUUCUCAGCAGAGAUUUAAUCAAGUAGGUAUACAGUAUAUGUAUAUAAAUAUAAUAAGCUCAGUUAUGCAUGCAUUCUGAUUGGUUCUCCCUUAUGAUCUA